AUGGUAGGAGCUUUGGCUGGCUUGCCAACGAAGAAGGGAAUUCUCCAUGGAGCCAUAGCUGGAGCCGCUAGUGGGGUUAUUUUAUCCAAGGAAAUCCUUAAUUUAUUACUUGCCAUGUGGGAUUCUGAUAAUACAGCAAUGACAUGCUUCUUUUCUUUGGUUGGUGUUGUCCAUGCAAGUAUGCAACCCACAAGAAACCCAUUUGGCGGCCUUGUUACUUUGAUAGCUAGACAUCAGCUCAUGAAGAUCGAAAACAAGUUCCCAUCCUCCUGUUCUGCUUCUUCUUUAGCAUUCUGGGUUUCUGCAAUUGCCUGCAAGCUAUCUUGUGCAAUCUUGACGUUCGUGUUUGCAGUAGUCGGCACAACAUUGGGAGCUUAUUCUGGAGCGGUGGUUGGCCUAAAAUCCAAGAGUAGCUUACUUCAUGGAAUCACAGUUGGAGCCGUCAUGGGGUGCGUUCUUUCCGUUGAAAUUCUUAGAAAAUCAUUUGUUCUCUGGGAUUCUGAUGAUUGGGCAACUGGGUGCUUCAUUCAUUUCGUAAGUUUCCUGAUCGCUCCUAACUUCACUAAUGACUUCAGAGAUCGAAAAGUUCUGCCCCUCAUUUCCCUCAGGCCUCAACAGCAAUAUCAGCACACUGGUUUGAUCAGCUCUCAGCCACGAAGCCACGUACGGUCCACAGACCCCAGCUCUAAAACGCUGAAUCUAGUGUUCAGUGCUUAG